AUGCAGAGCCCGACAAAAUCGAAUAGAGUGAACAUGGAUGACAUGGAUGAGAUUAUUACCGCCCUAGAAGAUGAGAUCAAGGAGAUGAACAAACCCGAGCUUCGUCCAAAAACUCCUCCUAUUAAAUCUCCUCUAAAAACGGCCAUGACGACCCACAUCGAGGAUAAGGACGAUACUGUCAAACCAAAUGAUUCAGAUUCUUUUGCUAUAUCCCAGAAGGAUCCUACGAAUUAUUCACUUAACGAACUUGACUACCCUCGUGAAGAUGAAUUCUCGAACAAAAUUAAUUGCAAGAUACCCCAUCUGAAUUUUCAAACUGAAGUAUAUCAAGGUACGGAACAAUCAAUGUCUUCGUUUACCAAUGGUAGCUCCUCGUCCGAGUAUCUCCCCAACACCAAAAGCCUACCUCCCCUUCAAUCCCCCUUGCAAUCGGUUCCCAGCAACAAGGAAAGUUCAGCAACGAUCCAUUUGAAUAACCUUCAUGAUACCUGGAGCCAUUCUUCGUUAGCUUUGGCACCCCCACAGACCAGUCUUGAAAGCUUCCAAUUCAUGGACACCAUGGAGAAUAUUCCAAAUGAGAAUCAACGCGGAAGUGACUCGUCGACUUCCUCUAUUCGUUGCGAUCGUUCUAAACCUACGGAAUCACAAAUCAGUAUAAGCCUGCCUCAACGACUGGAAAUUUUUGAUUUUAUCAAAACCCCCGAACUCUCUUCUGGCCAAGAGAGAUCAAAUUAUCCCAACCAUCCAUCACUUCGACAAGCUCAAAAUAUCACUACGUCGGCCCAGCACACGAAGUAUAAGGCAGAGCAAAGCACAAAUGAAUACGAUACGUUGUAUAUGAGUCGACCAAACAUGGAGAAUUUGCUCCCUCAAACAAGAGCGACAUCUCUGCACCAACCAAAGAAUGCCCCCAAGAACUCCAUUUCAAAUGACAUACUGUCCUCACGAGGUUUCGGUUCCCCGAGCUCUAAUGCUACAUUUCAUAGAAAGUCGCUGUCUAUGAGUUCGAUAUUCAGUUCAAACUCAAAUCGACAUAUCAAUCUAGCGACGCUAAAGAAGUCGAUUACUCUUCGACCUGGUGAAGGCGAGCGGUCUAAUUACGUUCAGACUGUUAGGCGUAAUGCUGGCACUGCGUACAAUGAUUUAGGACAGGAAUCGUGGAAAUUGCCUGUCGGAAUACUUCCAACAGACAAGCGCGUACUUUUACCUACAAACGAUAGGUACACAAGAAUGCGCGGAAGUCGUAAAAAUCAGUCGAGUGUAGUUGGGCUAAAGCACGGCCACCUCGCUCCAAGGUUGCUUGCAGCAGAAGUGGACGAAUCAGAGGGUCUGAAUAAGUUCGGCCUACUUGGGAGAUCAAACACCUUUCAAAAGAGUGAGAAGACAAUUUCCUCCGAGUCACUGCUGAAGCUGGGAAUACAGUCUGCAAGUAUUUCCCGUGGCAACUCCUUGCAUCAAAGUAGCAGAGCUACUUCAAGGACUGCCUCGAUUGCGGAAUCAGCACUGAGUAUAGGAACCCCAAGCCUCGUUCCCUCAACUCCUAAGAGAUCUCAGUUUGGCACUCAAACUAAUUUGUCCAGACAAGCUCUGAUUUCUUCCCGUGUUUCUGUUGGUAGUUUGAUUGAACCUAAACUUAGUGAGGGAUACUACCAGCAUCCAGGCUAUAACUUGGAUGAGGAAGCAGAAUUCGCUGAAGACUACAGCCAUUCAACUGAAGGGACGAUGAACAAUGAUGAUGACGAUGCAAGCAUCGAGAAGCCUCGUCUAUUUCUUGCCAAUCCUGAUAGCGCAAGCAGUGACAACGAAUAG